AGUGGGAUGCUGAUAUUGGCAAGAAGUGCACUCUCAACCCCAUAACACUCAAGUUCACAGAGUUCUUAAAGGCUACAGCCUCAGGAAAGAUUGAAGGAGUAUGCGCUGAAAAAUUUGAAACAGAGUUUGAGAGAACUAAGUUGCCAGCUUAUAUCUUUGGUGCUAUGAUUCCUUGCCUUAGGCUUUAUGCCAACCUUGGUAAGGAGCUUCUGGUGUUUCUUCAGGGAAAUCCAACUCAUCAAUAUAGGAUAAUCAUUCGAAAUUAUGCUUCUGAAAGUUUGGAGGAAUUGGCUAAGAAAAAUGAGAACUUGUUGGACAAACUAAGCAUCACUUUGACAAGCCACGAGCUCAGCAUCGUUGAGAAGCUUUAUGAAAAGGCAAUGAAAAUUGAAGUGGGGUUCCUGUUAGGGCAGCCACUUGAUCAGAAAUCUGUCAUCCCUAUAUCAAGAGAGCACAAUCUUGAUGAAGAACGGCUUGUGAUAUUCUUUAAGUUUGAUUCAACAUGCUCAGUUAUUGAUUCUUCAGCCAUCUUGGCAGAAAUGACAAUUGUAUCAGCACCAAAAUCUGAUGAAAAUCAACCAGAAAAUCAACCAGAGAACCAACCAGAAAAUCAACCAGAGAACCAACCUGAGAGCCAACCAGAGAAUCAACCUGAGUGCCAACCAGAGAAUCAACCUGAGUGCCAACCAGAGAAUCAAGUUGUUCGACUAUUGUCAGAAGUUCUUAAUAGUACAUGGGACGAUAUCUGUAAGGACUAUACCGAUGAAUAUGAGAAAUGCAUAGACACACUGUUGCUCACUCAUGAAAAAGCUGAAAAACUUGAUUAUGAAAGGCUGCAUAAAGCACUUGAGCAGCUUUCAGAUUUUGAGAAAAGAGCUAAUACGAGGGUGAGUGAAUCUGGAGUACUGAGAGGUCUGAGACUUGACGGGAUAAAGCGAGUUGGUGAGCUGAUGGUUCUCCAGGAUGGUUGUAAAAACUUUUUCCAGAGCAUAAUAAAAAAUGAACAGUUGAAUGCAGACAUUCAUGCCCUCUCCUGUUGUUGGUGCAGUGACCUUAUAAGGUCUGCCUUUUCAUCAGAUGGUUUGGAUGUUGUGAAUGUGCACGCGAAUGAGUUUAUAUUUGAAGAAAAUCUAUCCACUGGUGUAAUUGUUAGUAAAGUUGAAGGCCCCUUCGACAAGGUUCAAACCUUCAGUGAAGUUUUAAACAACUACAACGAUGACAAAAAGAACCUGACUGUUCACAUUGGGGAUACAGUGAGUGAUUUGCUUUGCUUGCUGCAAGCAGAUAUUGGCAUUGUGAUUAAUCCAAGCCCAAACCUGAUGAGAGUCGGGAAUCAUUUUGGUGUUUCUUUCAUUCCUCUGUAUCGUGGCAUCAUUGAGAAACAGAAGACUUAUGCUAAGAAAGACUCAACUAGUUGGAACAAACUCUCUGGUGUUCUCUAUACUGUUUCUAGCUGGGCUGAGAUUCACAUGUUCAUACAGGGAUCGAUAUACACAGAUUAGUCGUGUUAAUUAGGACGUACAUAAAUUCAUACAUAGGGGUAGUAGAUCAUCAUACAUACAGCUUGGUGGCAAGUUCUAUUGCAGUCCACAGAAUGAACUCUUUUUUACAAGACCAUCUCUUCAGAAGUGUAAAUUUUUGAUUCGUUGAAUCGUCAUGAGGAAGCUGGUGUUUCAACAAUAUUGCUCAAGUGUUACAUACAUGGUUGUUACAGAUAUAUAC